ACUCCAACAGGAGCGAUACCGGAGAGCAGCAACUGGUUCGUUCGCCUCGCCGGUGCUGCUGCUGCUGCUGCUGCUGCUGCAACACCUACAACCAACGGAGGAGAGCGGGCUGACCGACUCUGUUCACGACUAAUUUUGGAGGAAUAACGCGGCACCGAGCUGCUUUCACACCAUUUGUACAGGCUUUAAUACUUAGGGAGCAGAGCUUCUUCGCCAAUGGCAAGUCCGGUUGCAGACAUAGGACAGUCUCAUCAGCAUCACCCUGUGACUGAGUCGGCCGCAGACUCCGCGUUUCAGGAGGCGCAGAAAUGGAUAGAGGCUGUAACAGGAAGAUGCUUUGGUGACAAGGACUUUAGAGGAGGUUUGGAGAACGGGAUACUGCUAUGCGAGUUGCUGAGCUCCAUUAAACCCGGUCUGGUGAAGAAAAUCAACAGACUUCCAACACCUAUAGCUGGCCUGGACAACCUCAGUGUGUUUCUGCGCGGCUGUGAGGAGUUGGGACUAAAAGGCUCCCAGCUGUUUGACCCUGGAGACCUGCAGGACACAUCGACACGCCCCACCGCCAAGGGAAGUGACUGCAGCCGAAAGCUCAAGAAUGUUUUAAUAACCAUCUACUGGUUGGGUCGCGCUGCCAACGGCUGUACCUCCUACAACGGGCCCACGCUGGACCUGAAAGAGUUUGAGGCCCUGCUGUCACAGAUGCGAAAGGAGGCGGAGGAGGCAGAGAGCCCUAAACGCAGCAUCCGGGACAGUGGCUACAUCGACUGCUGGGACUCUGAGCGCAGCGACUCUCUCUCCCCGCCACGGCACGGCCGCGAGGACUCGUUCGACAGUCUGGACUCCUUCGGCUCACGCUCACGACAGACCCCGUCGCCGGACGUCCUGGUCGCCCGCGGCAGCAGCGAUGGCCGCGGCAGUGACUCGGAGUCUGACGGUCCCCCCCACAGAAAGAUGCCAGACGUCCGCAAGGACGACAUGUUGGCGCGGCGAACGUCCGUCAGUGAGCCAAGAACCGCCAUGCCAUUUAACCAGUAUCUACCCAACAAGAGCAACCAGAGCGGAUACGUGCCCACGCCACUGCGCAAGAAGAAGAACGAUAAAGAGGAAGGAGCACGCAAGAGCUGGAGCACUGCCACCUCUCCUGUAGGGGGAGACAGACCCUUCAGUCUAAAUGAGGCCCCUAGCUUAGACGUCCCACCUGGAGAGUCCCCCACCCCGCCCCUCAAACCCCAGAUACAGAUUCAGAAGGAGUACCAGGCUAAAAAGGACGAGGAGGAGGGGGAGCAGACUGUCUCCGCACCUUACACUGAGAUCCACGCGGUGGGCACGAGGAGGAGCAGUGAGCCUCUGUCCUGUAGCCUCUUUCGGCCUCAUGCAGAGUCCCCCGCGGAGGCCGUAACUCACCUGAUGGUCACGUCUGAGCAAAGUACCCCAGCUCGCUCGUGCUCAGAGGAACUCUUCCACCAUCAGACGACUCUAGCAGCCAAUGCUGCGGCAACUCACAUGGUCGCAACAAGCCCCGUCAACCCAUCUGGGAAACAUCCACCUGUGUCGGAGCAGGAGGAGGAAGCUGAGAGGAAGGGAGCUGCUGGCGUCCAGUUAGUGGCAGAGGCAGAGCAGGCUCGCCAAACGCCUGGCAGACCCUCUCCCAAACACGUCACCACCCCGAGUCCCCCGCGCUUCCUUCCUGUGCCCGCUGCCACGGCAACAACAGCAACAACCGAUACAGGCCGACGAAAGGGAAGGGCGCUGAGCGAAAGUGACGACCCACAAGGAGGGAGCUCUUGGUUGGACAGCAAUCCUCCAGCAACAUUCAGCCGCACACAUAGUGUGUCAGAUGACCCACAGAGUGUGAGUAUGAUCGACAUGCGUGGUGAGGAGGAGGCCAUCUUGCAGCCUCACAGUCAGGUGCGUCAUGAACUGAUGCACAACCAGUAUAACAGGAUGAAGGAAGAGGACGAUCACUGGCAGGACGACCUGGCCCGGUGGAAAAAUCGCAGGAGGAGUAUCUCCCAGGACCUGAUCAAGAAGGAGGAGGAGAGGAAGAUGAUGGAGCGGUUGAUGUCGGGAGACACCUGCACCUCCCAGAGGAGGAGAAGCAUCAAGACCUACAGAGAGAUAGUGGAGGAUAAGGAGCGUCGUGAGGAUGAGUUGCGGGAAACGUACAGAAGAGCCAGAACCCCCGAGGAGGCGGCCAUCAUCCUCCAGCGUUACGCCCAGCGUUUCUCCAUCAGUGAAGCGGUCCUGGAGCGCCUGCACCUGCCAAAGCUCCUGGACCGCAGCAUAUCAGCUGAUCCCUCCUUUCCCUCAUCAUCCUUCCCCCUCUCCCUCUCCCUGUCCGCCUCCCCGACCACCCCAGACCCCUUCGACAUCGACCCCAACGGGCCCCUGAGGUAUCUGCGCCAGCAGUCCGCCCCGGCUCCAAAGUUCACAUCUACACUGGAGGCACGAAUCGAGGAGUUUCCCAAAGACUCCUCACACCAGCGGCCUCAGAUCCGCUCUCGCUCGUCUGAGCCGCCAUCUACCAGAAACCUGUCGCCCAAACCGGUGCCUUUGUUGACGCCCAAGCCUUACUUCCAGUCCCGACCCACAGCGUCUGAACCGUGGCCCAGCAAGGCGGAUGGUUUGUUCCGAGUCAAUGGCGAUUUAGGAAGUGACGACGCUCCCGCCACACCUGAAAGUCAAGGAAGAGAGUCUCCUCCUCAAUUCCAGGCGUCCCCCUCCAAAACCAGCAACAGCACUGUAGACGCUCCCUCGUCAACAGCCUCACCGACGCGCAGUACACACGCCAGAGCCGAAAGCCCCGUGUCAUCAAAGGCCAGUGAGACACAGAGUGACACAGAAGUGGCUUCGAAGGACGUCCAAGAAGAGAAAGUCACUGAGCAUUCGACACCACCCAGCCGGCCCACCUCGCUCCCAUCGGAGCUGCAGAAACCAGCAGAAAGCGUUGGGACAACUGAAAAACAGUCAGCAGCUGCUCCAAAGGAGGAAACAUCAAAUGCUGCAGCUCAACAAAAACCACCUGCAGAAGCCAAAAAAGAACAAGUAAAAACUGAAUCAUCUGGUCCAAGCCUUGUCCAGACUGGAAUCAGCACACAGCAAAGUCAGCCAAUAAUUUCACAGGCGAGUGCUCUCAGUUCCCAGGAGCCGUCACAGAGGAGGGAGAAUGUACCGAGCUUAGCUGCACCAGGAUCUUUUGAAUAUCACCCACCAAGGGAAACAACAGCAGAGUUUGCAAACAGUGUCAGGUCUCCGCUGGCAACCAGCAACCCUAAGUUACGCUGGGAGUUCUUCGUCCCACCAGAAGAGACGGAGAAGGAUCGCCGUGGAAACGUGUCAGUGCCGGUGUUGCCCCAGGCCAGGCGGGGUGACCGCUGGUCUUGGGACCCGGAUGAGGAGCGAAAGCGUCAGGAAAGGUGGCAGCAAGAGCAGGAGCGCAUGCUGCAGGAGAAGUAUCGGCGCGAGCAGGAGAAGCUGAAGGAGGAGUGGGAGAAAGCACAGAGGGAGGUGGCGGAGGAGGAGAGGAAGUACCAUGAGGAGGAGCGUAGGAUACUGGAGGAAACAGUAGCGCCUCUGACUCCCCGCCCCUCAGCCCUGCCCUCCCCCAGCCGAGGGGAGAUCUCCUCCACCUCGGAGCCCCAGGACACCAUCGUCCGCUCGCUGGCCGACUGGGAACGGAAGCAGGAACUGCUGGAGAGGCAGUCGAGGGGGAGCACAGAGAACGUCGAAUGGAAACGGAGAGAAAACGACAGGACCAGUGACAUCAGCACCGCAGACGACAGCAUGAAAACAGCCAGAAGCUCGAUUAGCAGCAGUCAGUUAGAGACAGUCGGUCACAGUCUGCAGAACGGCCAAAAGCUGCCGACCAAAACCUCGACUCCAGUGAAGAAGCAGGAAGAGCCUUCAGCAGACAGCAACAAGCCCAGCCGGCCUGCAGGAGACAGGAGGAGUGGUCCCAUUGAUAAUAACAUGUGCCGCAGCUCAUCAAAACCCCCCGCCGCAUCUCCACCACCUCCAGACACACAGCCUCCAGCACCCAACAGGUCUGUCAGUGGAAAGAAGCUGUGCUCCAGCUGCGGGCAGCCGUUGGGGAAGGGAGCGGCCAUGAUCAUAGAGACCCUCAGUCUUUAUUUCCACAUUCACUGCUUUAAGUGUGGGGUGUGUAAGGGACAGUUAGGCGACACGACCACGGGGACGGACGUCCGGAUCAGGAACGGCCUCCUCAACUGCCACCAGUGCUACAUCCGCUCCCGCUCGGCCGGACAGCCGACCACGUUGUGACGCUCACCAGAAAAAAGCACAAGGUUCAUGGAAGAAACCCCAUCCCUGUUUUUAACCCGAUUAUCUGCAAAUCAUGUCCUUCACAGCGUGUCGGGAUCUUUGCAUCCUCUGCAGCUCAAUAACCAACGAAGAUUCAUCACAGGGGCUGAACGGGGGAUCUGGGGACAGUUAAAAAAAAAUCUCUUCUUCGUGUUUAUGUCAUCUGAUAUGUGAGUGAAAUCAGGAUUUGAUUGGUCCACGUACCACCGCAGACUCUGUUUCAUCAUGCAGCGAGAGAGAAAGAGACUGUUCUGGGGUGGCGGCCAUGUUGGAAAGAAAACGAAAAACAUUAACAGAUGCUUCAGGCGCAGGUAGGCUGACGCUGACGGCCUGCGCUGUCAGAGCGAACACACAGAGAAAAAACACGGUGUUUAAGUCUCCGUUAAUCAGAUUUUAUUUUCCUGGUUGGAAAAAAUGUGAGUAUUAACCAUUUAAUUCCAUAUGAUGGAAAUGCAGUAUAUCACGUAGUUAUUGAAUCGUUUUUAUCACACUGUAAAAAGACAAUGUUUGUUUUAACAUAAAAAGUUAGUGUCUGGGCUGCAUUAAAUUUUUAGUUGACUGAAUUUGAGAAGACAAGUUGAAUCACUACAGAAUUAUCUCAGUCAACUUAAAAUUGUAAGACAGUCCAGACACAGCCCUUUUUGAGUUAAAACAAUUAGUUUAUUUUUAAAGUGCAUUUAAGAAUAAUUUUUAAUUUGGUAAAAAUAAAAUAAAACAGGACAGAAAACCGAAUAUGUGGCGAGGCAGCUCAGAUUGGAUUUUUUAAAAUUUCUCUCAACAGGCUGGAUCUGAGAAAUAUUAACAAUUUGAUGCCCCUUUAAUUAAAUAGGAUAUGAAAACACAAAUAUAUACAGAAAAUUCUUUUUUAAAGUGCAAUAAAGGUCACUAUAAACACCCCUAUGUAGAUCCACAGUUUCAACAUACACAGUUAGUCACCGUUUUUGAUCCUUCGGCCCCAACAGUGAACUAACGUCUGUCGUUCUGCGCUCCUGAUUAAAAUUAGCUUCUAAUAUAAACACAUAUUAUGGAUGUAGUUUCAUCUUUAGGGCAAUAACUCGACUCGUGAGCUGUUUUUGUGCUUUGGGGGUCACAGCAGGUUGCUCCUCGGUCAGCCUGUCCGCUUGGAGAGUCAGGACUUUAAUGUGCCUUAGGAAAGCAAGGUGAUGCAGGAAGAAAAACACCAGCUGUAUGGUGUUUUAUUUCUUUUCUCUUUUUUUCAUUUUUAUGAUUGUAGGGAGGGAUUUGGCCAAAUUUGAACCUUUAAACUGCAGACAGAAAAGCUGCAGCCCUCCCUUACAUCAUGCUUUACUUCAGUUGAUAAGUACUGCUAAUAAUAUCACCCCCCCCCCUUUUAUUCCUCGGUGAUUUGCAGUGAUAAAACAAUGCAAAGGAUAAAAUAUGUACUGCAGGGGAGACCAUUGAUUUAAUUUUGAAUGUUGUUUUAUUCUAGAGAGAUUUAGACUUCUGUAUGCUAUUAAUUGAGGUAAUUUUGAUAAUUGCUCAGUGGUAGGAUUCAUUUAUAAAAUCUAAAAUAAAAAAAUCACCAUGUUACAUCUAGUUAAAGCGCAGAGGUGAUAUGAACACUCAUACCAGCAGCAGCAGUUGCACCUGUGCAAUAUCUGUUUGGAUGAAAACUAAAGAUCUGUGCCGCCAGCUGGACAUUUUAAGUCACUUGCUUCUUUUUUCUUUUGGACUUGUAAGAGAAGAGCUCGGUUAUGUAUUGUGGAUGUUAAAAAAAAAUGCACGUUUAAGCCUAAAACCAAAUGAUUUGCUGUAUGAAAGCAAACUAGCAGCCUCCUCCUCAACAGCGUCCUAUAGCCAAGCUUCUCCUCCGGGUUCAUCUCUCUGAUCUACAGUAUUUUUAAGCUUCUGUUCCGGUUGUGUAUUUUCUUUUUUUUUUUUUUUUAAUCCUCAUUUAGUUCCAGAAUAAACCUCGGCUGAGUCUCUUAUAGCGGGAUCUUUGAGACGGAGCUCUACAUUCAGACGGUCUUCUUACCAGGAUAGUUGGGGAAUGAAACCUUUACGUCUGUUCUGUAUUUAUUGUAAUAUUCACCUGAACACUAUCCGAAAUAUAGAUUAAUUUGAUGUUUAAAUGCAAUG